GCCCCCAAUUCCACGAAUAUGGAAAACCUGGGGUUUAGACUGUCUCUAUUUUAUUUUUCUCCAUCAAACAACUGCGGCCUCUAGUAAUGAACUAGCUGACCGGUACCGCCCCAAAUAAUCCCAGCGUCCAGGCACGAUACCUCUUCAACACGUUACAACUAGUCCUCCUAUAUAUCUCGCCCAAGUCCUCAAACUAUUACUUACCUCAUUAAACAUCAUCAUCUCUUCUUCUCCCCUAAAAACUUCUACUACUACUCAUCUGGUAUCUAUUUCUUGUCUUUUUCAGAAAAUUUUUUUUUGGGGGUUGGUUCAAUCUAUUAUUUAUCAGUUAGUCUGUUAAAAGUGGAGUGAUCAUCAUCAGCAAAAAUGCGGAUGAGUUGCAACGGAUGCAGAGUCCUCCGGAAAGGCUGCAGCGAGAACUGUAGCAUCAAACCAUGUCUUCAGUGGAUUAAAAGCCCCGAGUCCCAAGCCAAUGCCACUGUUUUCCUCGCCAAGUUCUACGGCCGCGCCGGCCUCAUGAACCUCAUCAACGCCGGCCCUGAACACCUCCGACCUGCGAUAUUCAGAUCAUUGUUGUACGAGGCUUGUGGGAGGAUCGUGAACCCGAUAUAUGGAUCGGUCGGAUUGCUGUGGUCAGGAAACUGGCAGCUUUGUCAGAACGCUGUGGAGGCUGUUCUGGAAGGAGCUCCGGUGAGCCAGAUUGAAUCUGAAGCGGCUGAGACCCACAAUGGGCCUCCUUUGAAGGCUUACGACAUUAGGCACGUGAACAAGAAUGAAAAAUCAGAGGGGUCGGGUGGUCUGCACCGGGUCAGGACCCGGUGCCGGUUCAAGAGGUCCGCGGUCAACAAGCCGAAGGUGGUAGCUAAGGGUUGGGUGGGUUCGGGCGAUGAUGAAUCGGCUCAUGAGGAGGGGAACCGGUCCACCAGCCAUGAGUCGUCGUUGAGCCACCAGUCUGAGGCGGCAAGGAAUGUGGAGGGAGAGAGCCAGGACACGGAGAGCUUGGCUUCUGAGGAGACGGCUGAGGCCGAGGCUGGGGCUUUGGAGAGAGCGGAACCGGAGUUGAGUUCAGAAAAGGACGAGCGAGCCGGGGAUGGCGAAAUUGAGCUGGAGCUAACUUUAGGAUUGGAGUCGACGCAUUCAAGAACUCAUGGCGUCAAGCCGAAGGAAGUAAGCAAGCGGAUUCAUGAACAGGGUGCUUUUUCGGUUGACGGAGUUUGCAGAAUGGAGCUGGGGUUGGACUGUUCGGCUUGAAGACUUGAUCAGAAAGCCGGGCAGUUGAUAGUUUUGGUGGCUCGUUCAUAUCAAACUUCUUCUUUUGUCUUAUUUGUUUUGAGGAGUAAUAUUUUUGUAAGUUGUACAACUUUUGCUUUGCAGCAGCAGCAGGUUGGAGUCUUUUUGGGCUUUUUGUUUACCUUUUUUUUUUUUUUUUUUUUAUUAUAUAUUUUCACUUUUCAUGACGUGAAAAGAGAGAGAGAGAGAGAGAGGAGUUGUACAGGGAUGAGUGAAUAUGUACGUAUACACGAGGGUAUAAAAUGGGUAGAAGGGAAAAAAAAAAUGGCUUUGCAAGAAAAUCUUCUUCAAAGCCCGUAGUCUUGUCUUGAUUACGGAGUAGAAUAUUUAUUUUCCAUCAUUAUUAGUUUAUUUAUUACUAAUUCAUGUCUGAA